AUGACUAGUGUAUCGAGGACUCACCUUACACUGAAUGGUACCAAUAUUCACUACCUCUCCUCUGGCAAACAGCAAGGCUAUCUUGCAGUGCUACUGCACGGAUUAGGCGCUUCAGCAGAGGCGUUUCGACUGCUUACUCCAUCCAUACCACCCAUUUACCACACCAUCAGUGUAGAUAUCGAAGGAUUCGGGAAAACACCACUCAACCCAGAAAAGCCACUUUCCUUUGCCCGAUAUGUCUCUGACUUACACGAUGUCAUCACACAUAUACAAGAAAAUUCUGCGACCCCAGCAACCAACGGGACAAGCAACAGCAGCAAUGGCAACGCGGCAGUCCUCCUCAUCGGACACUCCCUUGGCUCCAUCAUCAGUCUCCAUUAUGCUGCCCGCUACCCCACCGAAGUGGCAGGACUUCUACUCCUGGGCGUAGGCCGUUCGGUCAGCGGAAUACCACCAGCACAGCAGCGAAUGCGGGAUCUCGCAGCGAUAUCGCGUCAAAAUGGCACUGUUGCAGCCGCAGAUAUCGCAGUCCAGUCAAAUUUCCCGGCGGAUCGAGAAAAUCAGGAUGUGCACGUGGCGGAGGUGCGACAGGCGGUGUCCUCCUGCUCCUCAGAGGCGUACGCCGCCACGGCUGAAGUGGUCGCAAGCGAUGAUCAUCUAGACCCAGAUUACGGUCUGAUCAAGUGCCCAGCAGUUUUCGUAGCAGGUGACAAGGACAUGAUCAGCCCACCUCAGAGAUCGAUCGACAUAAGCAAUCUGCUUGGAGGAUCGACAGAAGUGUUGGUGGUGACAAGUGGGCAUCAAAUGAUCAUGCAGGACUUGCAGGGGGUGAAAAAGGCUCUUUCUGCAUUGAUUUCUAAACUGUGA